GGGGUUGGAUGAAUGGAUGGAGCGGAGCGGAAUGGAAUUCUGCGGUCUUAAAGAAGCUCUGCAGUUCCUGUCCGCUGUGCCACCAUGCUGUUCUGUACCUAUAGCCAGAAACAAGUCAAAUACACCCUUGGCCAGGUUCGAGAUGGAUGGCACCCAAGGGCAAAACCCUGGGAGAGCCCUCUACUGCAUCCGGUGAGAGAUUGUUCACAACAAAAGAAUUUGCUGAGUCUGCUUAGAAGGGAGGUGGACUCUGUCCCCUGCACCUUCACAGGCUUUGUGGUUAACAGAGGGAGCUGCUGCCUGUUUUACUGCAGGAGGGAGAGCAGGACAUCCACUGGCUGUUCCCAACCAAAGGACUGCAAACAGGAUGGCACACACGUCACCUUCUGGCUUUUAGCCUAGCCUGGUCACUAGGUGUAUAUCCAGCCACUCUCUCAGUCCUGCUCCUCUGCAAGACAAGGGGAGGAGAUAGGAGGAAAAAUAAGCAUCAAGGCUCAGGAUAAAAGCCAAAUCUGCUGACAGAAGCAAUGAAAAAAUCAAUUAUCCUAUAAAGCACAGCACUGCCACGAAGAGAGUGAUCUCCAUCCCAUCCAGACCCCGUAUGUCCCUCAUACUCCAGCUCUGGGUGCAGGAGCACAAAGAGCAGACCAUGGAACAGGUUUUGUUCACCUCAUUGACACCUUCUAUCGCUAAGUACAUCUCCGCCAAGUCCUGCACUGGCUGUUUAUAGACCUGGUGACCAGAAAUGAAUUUGGUCCUUUCUGGCACUCUGCCUUCAUUGCCCUAGUGCCAAGAAGGACUGGAGAUCUCCUGUACACAGAAUUAAAAAUGUUAUUUUUUCAACCUUCUUGAACUUGACCUGCUGUCUGGUACGUAGGUGUCUAAAGUUCUGGCAACAAAGGGUUUGGUGAGCAACAGCUCCACGUGGAUCAAACCCCAACCAUCAGCCUUCUGCUCUCCAAACUGAAGAGCUCCAGAUGCAGCCUCUGCUUCAUGGCAGUGUCACUUCAGUUGCCUCUCCUUGUGCUUUGUUUCAGCCAUUUGGUGCUGGGCUGUAUUGAGGGUGUUUGUAUGCAGGUUGUAGCCUGAUUUGGGGGGCUGCAGCCUCUUGCUCUUGCACUGAUACCUUUCCCUUGGUGUGAUGUUCCCACGUCACCAGUUCCUAUGAAAUAGGUCCUGGGGCAGGGGGCAGAAAAGAUGGAGCAUACCUAUCCCAUGUAGGCACAGCAACACGUAUUAUCAUUUUGUCAAAAAGCACUGCUGAAAUGUAUUUAAACCUACAGCACAGAAAUCCAGUAUUCAGAAGUACAGCCCCGAAGGUUAAUACGGAACGCUCCAGCAAACAGCCCUGCUGACAGAGAUGCUGCUUCUCAGGGAGAGGAAGGAGGAAAACUACAGCUCCCAGCAGUCUACCCGGGUGCCUGAGGAAGGGCAGGGUUCACCUUUGCACCCGCAGCAGAGGAUUCAGAGUGUAUUCAGGGAAAGGACUCUUCAGCCAGCCCCAGGGCGAGGGCAAGCCCCAAGGCCAUUGCUGGCCACCUCGCUGCUUCUAGUCGCCUCCCUGACUGGCUGCAGCCCUGCCUGGUCUACAGGCAUUCAGCUGCAGUUCCUGAGGCCGAGGCGGGAUGGUGGCCCUGCCAGGGGUAGGACUUGGUCAGCCACCCCAUCAGGGGGGAGACGAAUCCCUGGACAAGCAAAGGAGAAAGUGAAGCAAAACAGUGCUAGGACUCCAGGGAGAAAAGAAAUGGAAGAGAAUUCAAGUGUGGGUCUGUCCGGAGCUGGGCCAGCCCAAGAGGAGGUGGAGAGCACAGCCAAGCAUCCUGUACACCAAGAACCUCCCCAAGAACCUCCUGAGCACCAAGUGACCAGCACGUGGCCUGAGACUUCCUGCACACCAGAGGAGGACUCUUUAGUGUGUAAUCCACCAGCUGCUCAUGGGGGAGAGGUGACUCUGACAGAGUUAGAUAACCCCACAGUGGAGUCUCCUCAGGAGACUCAAGUUCCUCAGGAAACUGAAGUAUCACUGGAAGAAUCUGGGGAGACAAAAGAUGAUGCGUCAGAAAGAUCUCAGGAAGAAAAUGACUUGGACAGAGCCAGGCUGAUGCAAAACGAAAUGGACUGUGCACAUGGACACAGCCAUGGCCUCCAGGAAGCCCAGGAGGACCAGGAGACAAGCAGGCAGUGUGAAAGCUCCGACACAGCAGAGGAAGAUGCUUUACCAAGAAGCAAGUCAUUGAGCUCUGACAGCAAAAUGACACGUUCAGAUCUGAACGCCCCAGAAGAUGUCACCAAGGACCUCUUGGCACAGCAGAGCUCCAGUGCUGCUCUCCUAGACCAGGAGGCAGGAGAGCACACAGAGCAAAUGACACUGGAGAGUGACUACUCAGGCAUGUUAAGGAGCAGGCAUGGGACUAAAGGACAUGCAGCCCCACAGCCAGAGGCUCAGCGUUGCUUGCAGAACAUCACUGCUCAGAGUGCAGAACAGGAGAAACCUACAGAGUCCCUCUUAGUGAAAGGUGAGGAAAAGAAGCUUCCCUUGUGCAUUACUCAUCGACCAGAAGGCCCCGAUCCUCCAGGAACAAGACUUGUCGUUCUGGGCCUCGUAUUUCUUGGCUUCUGCAUAUUCUGCUUCGGCAACCCAACCGCCAAGUCCCAGCCAGCCCCCAGGAACCCCACGGUGGAGGCCUUCCUGUCCCAGUUCAACCAGCUGCAGGACAGCUUUCCAGGGCAGAGUCCCGACCUGUGGCUUCGCAGUCGCAAAUUCCUGCAGAAACACCUCAACACAUCGCAGCACACGCAGCCGGCCAUCAUCAUCUUCACAGCCGCCCGCAAAGGCGAGCGGACCUUACGAUGCCUCAGCACCCGUGUAGCUGACACCUAUUCUGCCGCCCUGCGCGCCAGCACAGUGCAGAUCGAUGGCAAGGAUAAAUCCGGGCUCCAGAGCGACCAGGCCAAGCUGGAGGUGGACUCAGAGCUCAGCUCAGCUUUCCAGGCUGGGGACCGUGCUGCGGUGAUACACCGCUUCGAGCUGCUGCCAGCGGGUGCCACCCUCAUCUUCUACAAGUACUGUGACCACGAGAGCGCUGCUUUUAAGGACGUGGCCCUGCUGCUGACCGUGCUGCUGGAGGAGGAGAUGCUUGAGACACACAUCAGACUCCAACAGGUGGAAGAGAGGGUUCGUGACUUCCUCUGGGCCAAGUUCACCAGCGCCAGGACUCCCAGCUCCUAUGACCACAUGGACUCUGACAAACUGAGCGGGCUGUGGAGCCGCAUCUCCCACCUGGUCCUACCGAUCCACCCAGUGCAGAACAUCGAGAAGGGGGGCUGCCACACCAAACCCUAAGGGCACAGGCCACCAGAGCCCCAGGAAGGGUUGGAAAGCCAGCCUCGGGGUAGGUGGAGACACAAACGAAUGAAGAACUCACUUUGUUUAACACAGUACACCAGUACUGUUUCCCUACAAUUUUUUUUUUUUUCCCUGUACCUUCCUGGAAGAGUCCAACAGGUACAAACUGAUCCAGGCCUCCUGGCCAACUGAAGGUAAUAAUAGACUGUAUGCUUCCUUCUGAGAGGUGGGAAAAGCUGAUAUUUUAAUUGCACAGGAGCACAUUACAAUGUGGGGAUGCAGGAGGGAAAAAAACCUGCGUGUUGCAGGAAGUAGAACAAAGCAAGGUAAAACUCACUAAGCCCAACAUUUGGAAGUCAUGCUUCAAAAAGAAAAUAGGUUUGUUACUCAAGAGUUUGACCAGCCAGUCCUGGUACAGCUCCACUGACUGAUUUACACCUAAAGACCAGAUCCUAAAUUCAGAAUUUGUGCAAACAAAUCUGCAAUCCAGAAAUUCCUCAAACACCAAUGACAAAGAAUGUUAAGCUAUCAGCACUUAAACACUACACAGAACAGGGAAUCCUAUGGAGUGGCCGUUCUGAAAGAGAACAAGGAAACACAAAACACUUUGUUGUCACUUUGAUGGUGUGAAGCCCUGAGGCAACGGAAUUAAUAAUAUGAUUUAACUUAAUGCUACCUCUUAAAAAGUUCACUCUUGAUCCAUUUACCACCAUGAGGCUACAAGAAUCUCUUUGGGCAGAUGCAUCAGCUUUGGUCCUACAUGAUUCCUCUUCACCCAGAUCUGAUGGAAGCCAUCAGAAGUGUUUCUACAUCAUUUGUCUGCACAGAGGGGAGCCCUCAGGGUCAGGACACGAGCAAGCUGACAAAAAACCUCUGUGAGCCAUUCCAUGGCUUUUCCAGGGCCCCUGGAAAAGCCCCCCUUCAUGGAGAUUGAGAGUGUUUGGAGCCCAGCAGUUCCCUGCCUUGCUCUCCCUUGUUCUGCCUGCCUCUCCCCAGCUUUUAUCGAUGAAUGUAGAUGUUAACACUGAUACUUAUUUCAAGCCAUGUGAGGCAGCACACCAGGUCCUUGCCACCAAAAGUACAUUUGCCUUCCUGCCAGGCAGGUGGUACUCUGGCUAAUGUCAGAGCAACGAGGAGCAGAGCUGAUACUGAGUGUUCAAGGACAAAACCUCUGGCAUUAACACCCCAAAUCCUUAUCUAAGCAGGAUGGAUUCUUACCGUGCCUCCUCUUCUGCACCCCAGGAAGAGAAAUCCAGGUCCUGUACACUCUACGGUGCUCCUACACACUGAGUUGCUGCAGGAGUGCUGGGGCAGAGCUGCUAACUCAGGAAACACCUGGGGGCAGGCACAGGUUGAAGUAUCUAUUACUGCCCAGCAGCCAGCCCCAGGUGUCAGCCCCUUGUGCCUACAAUCAUGCCUACUGGAGAUGGAGAAGCUGGAGCAAAGCACGUCUUGCUUUUGUAUGGACAACAGAGACUGAAGCCUUGCAGAGGCAGAGACUACACCUGAGCAAGACACAAAUCAAGGACAGUGUGCUGUUUUUACAAGCAGUCCACCCAAGUGCUUCAGACCCCCGUGCUGGCCUAUGGUACCUUGCUGAUCUGCUCCACUGGUGGCUCAGCCAUUCACCCAGUGCCUGAAAUCACCACCUGAAUCUUCAUCCUCCCACCACGUGCCUUGCCUCUCCUGGGAGAUCUGUGGCCAUUGACUUGGAGGAAGGGACAAAGAGAAGGAAAAGGAGAGGGAUGCAGUUUGAACCAAAGAGCACAGAUUUGAUUUCUUUACAAUGCUGGUCACGUGAAGAUGAGAUCCAGGAGUGCUGCACCACUUUAUCCACUGUCCCAGACUUACUGACGUUUAUCCCCUGUGGCCAACAGGGAGCUGAGUUACCCUCGCAGCGUUAGCCAGGGAUUAGACAUGAAGCAUCCUGUUGCAGAGGUUUUAACCAUGCCAAACACAACUAGGCACGCUACAGCCCAGCAUCAGCAGAGCAGCUCCAGGCAUGGUUUUAUACAAGAUAUGGGCAAGAUGCUGGUUGCUUCCUCCUCUUCCUCCUUUUUACUGUUGUCCACUAUUUUGGUAACAAAAAACACUGUUUCUGCUCUUCGUGGUUAAGUAUUGGCGCUGAUGUAAGAAUUGGUGUAGCAUUAAUCGUGUUCAUAUUUUGAGAGAAAUCAGUAUUUUAAAGUUAUCUCGCUACCAGUUUUAUAUACCGUGUGCAUAAUGCAUGGUCAGGGUAUGCAGUGGCAACUUCAUGCUGCUUGGGUACCUCGCUGUAAGCAUCAUCCAGCAAAGCUGUUCUAAUACAUCUUUAUGACCUUUUAAAGAAAAAAAAAACAACAAACCCACAAACCCUGCUUGCUUCUGAAACAAGACCUCUAUUUAAAAAUAAAUGAGAUUGUGAAAGAGA